AUGCCGGGAAAGAUGAGGCCGGACUUUCUCAUCCAGAAGCGGAUCCAGAAGGACAACCAGUUCGCUGUUGCGGCGGAUUAUGCGUCCAAGAUGGCUGCAAUCUCGCAGGUCACCCACUGGUUUGAGGGCAAGCAGAAAUUUGACUUCGCGGAGACAGAGAAGCGUAGUUCUGAGUUCAUCAAGCAGGAGAUGAACUCCUGCAGCGAGGAGCUGAAGAUCAGAAGACGAACUAGGCUGAGAAACCUUUAUGAGGCAGAGGCCGGGAGCCAAGCAUUUCUGUUGCAAUUCCGUCUUUUGUCCUGUGCACUGCAGGAGGAAGACUGA